UUUGGUGAAUAAUUUCCAAAAGUAUAGUUGCAUUUUGCCAGAGGGGCACUCACACAAAGAUAUUCGAUAAGAUAAGCUUUUUUCUCAUCAAAAAUAUACACCAAAGGGUUUCGAUUCUUCUGCAGAGAUUGAAUUAAAAAAAAUUCAGUUUCCUGCAGCCAUAAGAGCCUUAGCUUUGAGAGAUGUCUAAUACAUGUUCAAGUGGUGGUGGUGGGUGUAGUAUUGUAUGGUUUAGAAGAGAUCUAAGAGUUGAAGACAAUCCAGCUUUAGCUGCAGCUGUAAGAGCUGGACCUGUAAUUGCUGUGUUUGUAUGGGCACCAGAGGAAGAAGGACACUAUCAGCCUGGUAGGGUUUCAAGGUGGUGGCUCAAGAACAGUUUGGCUCAGCUUGAUUCUUCUCUUAGAAGCCUUGGUACUUGUCUCAUCACCAAGAGAUCUACUGAUAGUGUUGCUUCUCUUCUUGAAGUUGUUAAAUCCACCGGUGCUUCUCAGAUCUUCUUCAACCAUUUGUAUGAUCCCUUAUCCUUGGUCCGUGAUCAUCGUGCCAAGGACGCUCUGACAGCGGAAGGGAUAGCGGUUAAAUCAUUCAACGCAGAUUUGCUUUACGAGCCAUGGGAAGUGACUGAUGAAUUAGGACGUCCUUUCUCAAUGUUUGCUGCCUUUUAAAGAUGCCUUAGCAUGCCUUAUGACCCUGAGUCUCCUCUUCUCCCACCCAAGAAGAUCAUUUCUGGUGAUGUGUCCAAGUGUGUUGCGGAUACAUUGAUCUUCGAAGAUGAAUCAGAGAAAGGAAGCAAUGCACUUCUAGCUCGUGCCUGGUCUCCCGGUUGGAGUAAUGCUGACAAGGCUCUCACAACCUUCAUAAACGGACCAUUGAUUGAAUACUCCAAGAACCGGAGAAAAGCUGAUAGUGCCACAACCUCUUUCCUUUCUCCACACUUGCAUUUCGGGGAAGUGAGUGUGAGAAAAGUGUUCCAUCUUCUUCGGAUCAAACAGGUUGCAUGGGCAAACGAAGGAAACCAAGCCGGGGAAGAGAGCGUGAAUCUUUUCCUCAAGUCUAUUGGUCUCAGGGAAUACUCUAGGUACAUAAGCUUCAACCAUCCCUACUCUCAUGAAAGACCACUUCUCGGCCAUCUUAAGUUCUUCCCUUGGGCUGUUGAUGAGAACUACUUCAAGGCGUGGAGGCAAGGCCGGACCGGGUACCCCUUGGUCGACGCCGGGAUGAGAGAGUUAUGGGCUACUGGUUGGUUGCACGAUCGCAUAAGAGUAGUUGUUUCAAGCUUCUUUGUGAAAGUGCUUCAACUGCCGUGGAGAUGGGGGAUGAAGUACUUCUGGGACACACUUCUUGAUGCAGAUUUAGAGAGCGAUGCUCUUGGCUGGCAGUACAUUACCGGUACUCUCCCGGAUAGCCGGGAGUUUGACCGCAUAGAUAACCCUCAGUUCGAAGGAUACAAGUUUGAUCCAAACGGUGAAUACGUAAGGAGAUGGCUCCCAGAACUUUCAAGACUCCCCACAGAGUGGAUACAUCAUCCGUGGAACGCACCUGAGUCCGUGCUUCAAGCUGCUGGUAUUGAGCUCGGAUCAAACUAUCCUCGACCAAUUGUUGGAUUAGAUGAAGCAAAAGCACGGCUUCACGAAGCGCUUUCACAGAUGUGGCAACUAGAAGCUGCCGCAAGAGCUGCGAUAGAGAACGGAUCCGAGGAAGGACUUGGAGACUCUACUGAGUUUGAGGAAGCUCCUAUCGAGUUCCCUAGAGACAUCACGAUGGAAGAGACUGAACCAACCAGACUCAACCCAGUCAGGAGAUAUGAGGAUCAAAUGGUUCCAAGCAUUACUACUUCUUUGAUCAGACCUGAAGAGGAUGAAGAGUCGUCUCUGAAUGUAAGAAAUUCAGUUGGAGAUAGCAGAGCAGAGGUUCCGAGAAACAUGGUCAACACCAACCAAGCUCAGCAGCAGCAGCAGCAGGCAAGAGCAGAUCCGGUUUCGAACCAAGUCACUGCUAUGAUUCCAGAAUUCAAUAUUAGAAUUGUUGCAGAAAGCACUGAAGACUCGACAGCAGAAUCUUCCAGCAGCAGAAGAAGAGAGAGGGACGGAGGCAUAGUCCCUGAGUGGUCAGGGUACUCUGAACAAUUUGCUAGUGAAGAGAAUGGGAUUGGAGGAGGAAGUACAACAUCUAGCUACUUGCAGAACCACCAUGAAAUAGUUAACUGGAGACGGCUUUCACAAACCGGGUAACAAGGCACAACUGAAGGUGCACAAGGAGAGGAACUUCAUAAGGGCGGUAACUUCAGUUAAACGUGGGUGGACUUGUAAACCAAGUAUACAUUUGUUAUGUAAUUAAUGUAUUUCCGGUCAUGGAGCUGCAGUGAAACUUUGUAGGAGCUUUAUCUGAUGUACAUCUUGUUAUGUAUCGGGUUUCAUCUUGUAAUAAAAUACUGUAUAGUAUCUCGAUUGUGGUAAUAGACCAAAUCUCAUACUUCUUGGCUUUCAA